GAGGAAUACGGACCAGUCUUCACUCUACGUUCGGGCUCCAAACUCGCUGUUAUGAUCGGCAGACAACAAGCCGCCGUCGACAUCAUGGAGAAGGAGGGAGCAGCUCUCGCUGAUAGGCCGAGGUGGACGGCAGCAAGUGAGAUGGUUUCAGGUGGGAUGAGGUUGCUUUUGCUUCAGUCUGGAGAAAGACUGAGGAAGUUUCGAAAAGCAUUGCAUACACAUCUCCAAGCGAAGACAGCUAAGGACUACGAACCUCUGCAGAUGCACUAUGCGGCGAAUCUCGUGAAGAAUAUCAUUGGGAACCCCGCGAAGCAUAUGGAUUAUGCUAAGGAAUAUGCUGCGUCGUUCAUUCUAUCUCUAGUCUACGGUCGAACAGCGUCUGCGGCGGUGAACGAUCCAGAGAUACUUGCCAUUAGACGAUCUCUCAAGCGUAUAGGCACUGCUGUGAGACCAGGGGCAUAUAUGGUCGAUGAAUAUCCUUUCUUGCGAUAUCUUCCUUUCUACCGUCCGGAGCUGCGUUUAUGGCACGCCGAGGAGCUUUCGUUGUAUCGCAAUCAAGUAGCGGGUGUCAAGGAUAACAUGGUGAGAGCUCUCUGUACUGACACGGUCCAACCGUGCUUUUCGAAGUAUCUCCUCGAAAAUAAGACCAAGCUUCGGCUGAAUGACGACGAGCUUGUGUACAUUGCUGGUACGAUGUUCGGUGCCGGAUCUGCCACGACGGCUAGUGCGAUUAGCAUCGUGAUCAUGGCCGCAGCAUGUUUUCCGCAAAUGCAAAACUGGAUUCAAGACGAAUUGGACGUUGUUGUAGGUCGCAAGCGAGUACCGACAUUUGACGACUUUGCUGAUUUGCCUCGGGUCCGGGCGUUCGUGCUGGAAAGCCAUAGGUGGAGGCCCGUUGGUGGGAGCGGCUUUGCACACCGAGCAUCGAGGGAUAUUGUUUGGCGAAACUACUGCAUCCCAAAAGAUGCCACCGUCAUUGGAAACCACUGGUCCAUAUGCCAGGACCCCUCAGUGUUUGCGGACCCGGAGAUAUUCGACCCUAUCCGGUGGUUGAAUGAUGAUGGGUCUCUCAAACAUGGGUCCGAUGCUUUGUUGUUGAAUUUUGGUUUUGGUAGACGGCUAUGUCCCGGUAGACACGUAGCGGACCGCUCGUUGUUUAUCACAACUGCCCUGCUGCUUUGGGCGUUCAGGAUUUCGGAAAAUGACAACGCGCCCAUUGACCGGCGGGGAUUUGUUGGAGAGGGGAUUAGUAUUACGCCUGAUGCGUUCGAGGUGUGUUUCGAGAGACGGGUGGAGAAGAUCGAAGAAUUGUUGGGAGACGCAACUCGAAACGGAACCCUGGUGGCAUGUAUUUGA